AAAGGGGGAGGAAGCAGAGGGUAUUUAAGAGGUGGCGGCAGCGGCGCAGGUCCCUGUUACCGUCGAGUCUAGCGCCAACACGGACCUCUGUGAUACUUGUCUCUGCUUCACUCUACACGCUAACCAUGACUUCCAAGCCUCCUUUCAAAGUUGCCGACAUCAAUCUAGCCGACUUUGGUCGCAAGGAAAUAAUCAUGGCAGAGAAAGAAAUGCCAGGACUAAUGAGUCUGCGCAAGAAGUAUGGGGCAGAGAAGCCACUGAAGGGUGCUAGAGUGGCAGGCUGUCUCCAUAUGACCAUCCAGACAGCUGUACUCAUUGAAACACUUACUGAGCUUGGGGCAGAAGUUCAGUGGUCAUCAUGCAACAUCUUUAGUACUCAGGACCACGCAGCAGCAGCCAUCGCCAAAUCUGGUGUACCAGUGUAUGCCUGGAAAGGUGAAACUGAUGAAGAGUACAUUUGGUGCAUUGAACAAACGCUAAUAUUCUCCGAUGGACAACCAUUGAACAUGAUUCUUGAUGAUGGAGGUGACCUGACCAACCUUGUCCAUGAGAAACAUCCAAACCUACUGGCUGAUAUUAAGGGCUUGUCAGAAGAGACAACCACAGGUGUUCACAACUUGUACAAAAUGAUGCGUGAAGGCAAACUAAAGGUUCCAGCCUUCAAUGUUAAUGAUUCUGUUACCAAGAGCAAGUUUGAUAAUCUGUAUGGCUGUCGAGAAUCGCUGACUGAUGGCAUAAAGAGAGCAACUGAUAUUAUGUUAGCUGGCAAGACCUGUGUUGUUGCUGGAUAUGGUGAUGUGGGUAAGGGUUCAGCCCAAUCACUUCGUGCAUUUGGCGCUAGAGUGCUCAUAACGGAGAUUGAUCCUAUCAAUGCUCUACAAGCUGCAUGUGAAGGUUACCAAGUUACCACCAUGGACGAAGCCAUCAAACAAGGAGCAUCUAUCUUUGUGACGACUACAGGUUGCCGUGACAUUAUUACUGGGGAGCACUUCAAUAUGAUGAGAGAUGAUUCUAUUGUCUGCAAUAUUGGCCACUUUGAUAUUGAAAUUGAUGUGAAGUGGUUAGAUCAGAAUUGUGUGGAGAAGAUAAACAUUAAGCCUCAGGUUGAUCGAUACCUCUUGAAGUCUGGCAACCAUGUAAUCCUACUUGCAGAGGGCCGCUUGGUGAAUCUGGGCUGUGCUAUGGGUCACCCAUCAUUUGUGAUGUCCAAUUCCUUCACUAACCAAGUCAUUGCACAAAUUGAACUUUGGACAAAACCAGGACAGUACCCUGUGGGAGUUCAUUUCCUGCCAAAGAAAUUGGAUGAAGAAGUAGCUCGGCUUCAUCUUGACCAUCUAGGGGUAAAGCUGACAAAGCUCAAUGCUACUCAGUCUGAAUAUUUGGGACUUCCCGUUGAUGGACCUUUCAAGCCAGAGCAUUACCGGUAUUAAGUACAAAAAAAAAAUGUGCGAUUCCUCUCCUUUGGUGAUUUGUUGUUCUCUUCUAGUCAUUAAUCACUUACAGCUACAGCUGAAUUUUGCUAAGGUACAAGUAUUUUAACACUUACAGAAUUUUUAAAUAGUUUUGUUAAUUUUGAAACUGCGUAAUUGUCUGAAGUGGUUUUGCAAAGAGAACAACAACGUAUGGUUCUGCGCAUGUAUGGGAGCAUGAAAAAUGUAACCAAAAAUUUUCUUAUAAUAAAUAUAUAAUUAUUUA